CCGGGGCGGAAGAUGGCGGCGGCGAAGCGCAGCGUUCUCUCCUCGCUGGCCGUUUACGCCGAGGACUCGGACCCGGAGUCGGACAGCGAGGCCGGCACGGCGGGGAGCGAUGGGGGAGCGCCCACGGGAGAGAAAGGAGGCCUGGUGUCAGUUGGGUACGGAGAAGAUGACUUUACCCGGCUGGAGGGGGACGAGGAAGGGUACGAGGAGGAGGACGAUGAGAACAGCAGGCAGUCAGAAGAUGACGAUUCAGAGACUGAAAAACCUGAGGCUGGUGACCUAAAGGAAUUCUCAGAAGUGGAGAAAAGAGAUCCUCAGGAGCUAGUUGCUUCUUUUUCAGAGAGAGUGAGGAACAUGUCUCCAGAUGAGAUCAAAAUCCCUCCUGAGCCUCCUGGCAGAUGUUCUAACCAAUUGCAGGAUAAAAUUCAAAAGCUGUAUGAGAGGAAAGUGAAAGAGGGAAUGGACAUGAACUACAUCAUCCAGAGGAAAAAGGAAUUUCGCAAUCCCAGCAUCUAUGAAAAGCUGAUCCAGUUUUGUUCCAUUGAUGAACUUGGUACAAAUUAUCCAAAGGACAUGUUUGAUCCUCAUGGCUGGUCAGAGGAUUCAUAUUACGAGGCACUAGCUAAAGCCCAGAAGAUCGAGAUGGACAAACUGGAGAAGGCCAAGAAGGAGCGCACAAAGAUUGAGUUUGUGACUGGCACUAAAAAGGGCACAACAACAAGUGCUGCUUCCACAACCACCACAACAUCCAGCACCACUGUGGGAGAUGCCCAGAAGAGGAAGAGCAAGUGGGACUCUGCCAUCCCCGUGACAACGAUAGCUCAGCCCACCAUCCUCACCACCACUGCCACCCUGCCAGGGGUUGUCACAGUGACCACCAGUGCCAGUGGCUCCAAAACCACGGUGAUCUCAGCUGUGGGCACCAUUGUAAAAAAGGCCAAGCAGUGACUGCUGUGCUGGGCCUGGAGUCUUGGACUUGUCACUGAAUCCACUGAGGGGUGGAUUUCUCCUUUGGUAAAAGAUGACAAGAUUCUUUGAAGCAGCUCACAGUUCCCCUUUGGAAGGCUGGGGGCAGAGCAGGAUGCCAGCUGUGUGCCCACAGGAAUGGACCUGUGCCCACCAUGCCUCUGCCUUUGCUUGCUGGGGGAAGACCCAGGCUGCCUGUGUUGUGCUGGAGGAAGGUGGCAUCUGGAGUCAGCUUGUAAAAGUUUGCUUAUUAAUUGCUGCAUUGAGGUCUUACCUACCUGCAAGUUUGUUUUAGGGGGGAAAAAAGAAAAUAAAUGAAAAGGGCAAGCAGUGAAAGACUGUCAGUGUUACCCCUGUGUGUGCAGGGUGGUGCUCCAGGGCUGCCUGCAGCCUGUGUAGGUGCCUCCCUCCAGAGCCAGCUCAGCUCUGAGGGAGUUGAAGCAGAGAAAACCACUCAGUGUCCACGUCCAGAUGUGUAGCAGAGACUUGAAGCAAACUCCAUCAGUGAGUGUAGGCUCACUCCUUGUUCCAGCACUGACACCUGUACCCUGUGCUCUCUGUGUAGAUCUUUGUGACCACGUGUGAAACUGUGGAACUCUUGAGGAAACUGUGCUGGGACAUCCUGUUACCAUCUCACAGGGAUGGAGAUUUCUAUGCAGAACCCUCAAGCUGUAGAGGUUUGAUUUGUGAGCUCAGACCUGUGCAGAAACACUUCCAUUGCCACGGAGUGAGGUUGGACAGAAGCAGAGCAGAGUGUCUGACCCUGUUUGUGACAUUGUCCAUCUUUGUUUUAGCUCGUGAUGUUCUGUGAAUGCACACAUGGCAGUUACUGCUUGCUCCACUGUUGUGAAAAAGUAUUUUCAGUUGAAAAUUUUGUUGAAUA